CGAUUUCGCAAGAUUCCCGGUCUCCAACAAGCAGCAGAAAGGCUGGAUGGACUAAAACAAACAGGUUCUUAGAAUGUCUUUAAUCCGCCGAAUUUUUCGUGCUCGUACACAGCUACUAUUUGAUCAACAGUUUUUCUGGUUGGUUGCUCUUGCAUUAAUUUUGGCAGAGAUAUUACUGAACAUAUGGGUUAUUCAAAACAUAAAAUAUACUGAAAUUGACUGGCAGGCAUACAUGCAGGAGGUAGAAGGCGUUAUCAAUGGCACCUAUGACUAUAUGGAGCUGAAAGGCGGCACAGGUCCGCUUGUGUAUCCAGCAGGAUUUGUAUACAUCUUUAUUGGUUUUUAUUAUGCUACGGAUCUUGGUACCAACAUCAGGGUUGCUCAGUACCUCUUUGCUGUUGUUUAUAUGGUGAAUCUCUUGCUGGUUUUCAGAAUUUACCAACGAACAAAAAAGGUUCCUCCAUAUGUGCUUUUUUUCAUGUGUUGUGCUUCCUAUCGUAUACAUUCCAUUUAUAUACUUCGUCUGUUCAAUGAUCCGGUAGCUAUGUUGUUCCUUUACUUGUCAAUAAAUCUGUUUCUUGAUCGCCAUUGGACGAUAGGUUGUUUUUUCUACAGUAUUGCUGUUUCCAUUAAAAUGAAUGUGUUGCUCUUUGCUCCGGCUCUACUUCUGCUGCUUCUCACUGAGUAUGGUUUCUUGCGAACAAUUCCAAGGCUAUUGGUGUGCGCUGCUGUACAGGUUGCCUUAGCUAUACCUUUCCUACGAGUCAACCCCAUUGGAUAUCUGUUGCGAUCAUUUGAACUUAGUCGUCAGUUUUUCUUUAAGUGGACAGUUAAUUGGCGCUUUCUACCAGAAGAAGUGUUCUUAAACCGAAACUUCCAACUGACACUGCUAGCAUGCCAUCUCACAGCUCUCAUUCUGUUUGGUCUUUAUCGCUGGAAUAGGAGGAAAAAUAUCUUAGAACUUCUUAUCAAACCAGCUGAGAGUAAAAGCAUUGUUGACGACAACUAUAUUGUAACGACGAUGUUCACAUCCAAUUUCCUUGGUAUGAUAUUCAGUAGAAGUCUUCAUUACCAGUUUUAUGUUUGGUAUUUCCAUACAUUACACUACCUUCUCUGGAUAACAAAUCUUCCUGUUAUAUUCAAGAUAUUAGUUCUUGGUUUGAUAGAACUUUCAUGGAACACAUAUCCCUCGACAGAUUCAAGUUCCCUGUGCCUACAUAUCUGCCAUAUAAUUCUAUGCAUUGCCUUGUGGCUUAGAAAAUCUGAAAGGAAAAUUAUACAAGAGGAUACUGCUGAUAGAAAGAAGGGAAACUGAAAUGGACACUUUUUUUAUGUCAACUGAUUUUAUUAGUUUCAUGUCAAUUUCUAAAUCAUGCUACUGUACAUGAAAAUAAUGUAGUAAAGUAUACUCCUUAAAAUACUGAUCUUCAUGUCAGGGGCAGCACUAGCUGGGAACCAAGCGAGAAAAGGACCCCCCUUAGGGAAAUUUCCAGUAAGGUCAUGAGGGAAAAAUCAAAUCUCGAGCACCUAAAGUACAAUGUAAGCAUGCCUUACAUAGCUAUCAAAUUUUAGGGAUUAAAAACGGUUAAGUGCGAGCAGAGCUACUAUGUGUGCAAGAUAUUGUAUACUAUUGUGAUGCUAUGAGUUGCAGUGGUGACGCCAGCUCUUCCCAACAGGAUAAGGAGGGGGGUGGACCCCUUGUCCGGGAGCUUGGACCCCUUGUCGGUUUGUUCCUGGUGCUGCCCCUGCUUCAUGUAGUAACCAUUGUUUGUAUUCAAAUUUUAGAAAGAGCAGUGAUUUUUUAAGUACAGUACCUUUAAGUAGAAUUUUAAUAUACUGACAGUACUCUAAUUCAUAUAUUUAAACAAUGCUGUCAUUUCUGGAAAACACAGCAAAUUAUAAAACAUGAUUUUGAAUGCAAAAUACACAUUACCAGUAUCAUUUAUAUGUUGGUGCAGUUAUCAACAUCGAAUAAAAAAAAAAGUAUUGUUUUGUCUCAUCGUUUGCUUGAUUUGACAAGGAAAAUUUAAUAUUUAAAUGGUAAUAAAAAUUAAUAUAUAACAAUAUUAAAAAUGACUACAUGAUUUUAUACUACAUUAUUUUGACUGCAAAUAAUGAUAAAAUAAUUGCCAACUUAUAAAUAAUAAUAAUAAUUGUUUUAGAGUCUUAGUGUAUAGCUUAUUACAAAUUGUUUGAGUGGUGUUUUAAAGCAGUUUCCCUUUAAAGUGGCGACCCAAGCUUUGCCAGCAGGAUGUAAGGGAAAAAUGUGGGGGGAAAACCCCUUGCACCUGAACAACUUGGAUAUUAUUUGAGACAAUAGCAUGCCCCAACUGUAAUGCCCUAAAUUAAUCAGAUUUUAUAAACUUAUUAUACUUAUUUAGCCUGUCUAUCCAUCUGAAAUAUCUGUAGAGUUCAAAAUUUUUAAUUGAAAGGUCUACAAAACUUUGUGAAUAUGUAUAAUGUGAAUCGACUUCAAAUGAAAAUGACUACCAA